CUUAAUCGGCACCGUCCGAUCCUUAUCUCAACCGAAUCGCAGCCUCCGCGUCGCCCCCACGGUCUGCCGCCUCCCCGCCGGCCAUUUUCCGGCCACCUCGCCGCCUCCGUCCGAUUCUUAUUAUGCUUCGCCUUCGCCUCCAUCCUUGCCCACGCUUCUCUCCGCCGGGAUCCCACCCCGCCUUCCCUCGCCAGUUGGCCGCCUCUCCGCUCCCAGAGCUCCCCUUCCAAUCCACCGUCACCGCGCUCAGAACCCGAGCCCCUCCGCUCCAGGCCGCCGUCAGCCGAGCAGCCUCCGGAGAGGAGCAACGGGGCGUUUAUGAGGACGAAGAAGACGCGGACCUGGACAAUGCACUCACCAAGACACGGCAGCUCGUCGAGUGCGCCAUGUUUGCAUCUGUUGCUGGUCUCGCGUACUUCCUCAGCAACUCCCUCGCCAUCGAGAAUUACUUCAGCUGCUUUUUCCAAUUGCCGAUAGUCAUCUCCUCCUUGAGAUGGGGAUUAGAAGCUGGUAGGAAGACCAUGGUGGCUACUGUUUUACUGCUCUUCACAUUGUCUGGCCCUGUCAAAGCAUCGACUUAUCUGCUUAUGCACGGGGUAGUUGGUCUAGCCAUGGGUACUAUGUGGAGGUUGGAGACCGAUUGGAUUGCUUCCAUCAUAAUCUGCUCAAUUUUUGCUUUGCAGAUCCGUGCGGUGGGAGCUUGUGGAUAUGUGUUAGUGUCAUCGUUCCUGAUACGAGAAAAUAUUCUUCAAUUGAUAACCGUUAACGUGCAUGCCUCCUUAACGUACAUUCUGGCAGCGGCUGGUGUGAACGCAAUUCCAUCCAUGGAUGCAAUAUAUGUAAUCUUUGGGACACUGCUUCUACUUAAUUGUGGAUUCUUUGUCUUCAUACUGCACAUAAUCUACACAAUCUUCCUGACCAAGCUUGGAAUCAAGCCUUCGCUGAGACCUCCACGAUGGCUGGGCAAAACAACUUUUAGUUGAUAGGUAGAAUGCCACCAUACUCAUUUUUAGUUGAAGGUUUGCGCCCUGACUGAACUUGCAGCAUUUUAGUCACAACUUACAAAUGCUCCCCCACUACCCGCAGCAUGCCGGCGUGGCAAUUGUGACCUUUGUAAUAUGAGCAUUAUUGUUCGGCUUCCUGGUGCAUGAUUGUGGUUUUCCUGACAAGAUUUUUGGUGAUUGUGAUUCAUUAUUGGUGGAAUUGACUGA